AAAUACAAAAGCAGCUGGGAAGCGGCGGCGAGGCGAGUUCUCAGUGCCGGGCAGAGCCCCGCAGCGCCCCGCGGCAGCGAUGGAGCUGAGGCGCCCGGAGCCCCGGAGCCAACGAGCUGCCGAGCCCGCGUCGCCGCCGGGACCCGGGCUCCUGGGCUCGGCUUGAAGCGGCGGCGGCACCGGCGCGGCCGGGGGAGCAUGGGCAGGAGGAUGCGGGGCGCCUCCGCCACCGCGGGGCUCUGGCUGCUGGCGCUGGGCUCGCUGCUGGCGCUGUGGGGCGGGCUCCUGCCGCCGCGGACCGAGCUGCCCGCCUCCCGGCCGCCGGAAGACCGACUCCCGCGGCGCCUGGCCCGGAGCGGCGGCCGGGAGCCCGCGCCUCGCUUCCCUCUGCCCCCGCCCCUGGUGUGGGACGCCCGCGGCGGCUCCCUGAAAACUUUCCGAGCGCUGCUCACCUUGGCGGCGGGCGCAGAUGGCCCGCCUGGGCAGCCCCCGGGUGAGCGCAGGCGACACGUGCCAACCGGACGGCCCUGGCCUGAGGAACGCGCCGCGGUGCACGGGGGCGUCUUCUGGAGCCGCGGCCUGGAGGAGCAGGUGCCCCGGGGCUUCUCGGAGGCCCAGGCGGCGUCUUGGCUGGAGGCGGCGCGCGGCGCCCGGGUGGUGGCCCUGGAGCGCGGGGGCUGCGGGCGCAGCUCCAACCGGCUGGCCCGCUUCGCCGACGGCACCCGCGCCUGCGUGCGCUAUGGCAUCAACCCCGAGCAGAUACAGGGCGAGGCUCUAUCCUACUACCUGGCGCGCUUGCUGGGCCUCCAGCACCACGUGCCGCCGCUGGCACUGGCCCGGGUGGAGGCUCGGGGCGUGCAGUGGGCUCAGGUGCAAGAGGAGCUUCGUGCCGCUCACUGGACCGAGGGCAGCGUGGUGAGCCUGACUCGCUGGCUGCCCAACCUCACGGACGUGGUGGUGCCCGCGCCCUGGCGCUCUGAGGACGGCCAUCUGCGGCCCCUGCGCGCCACGGGGGGCGAGCUGACCAACCGCAGCCGGGCGGAGCUGGUAGACCUGGUGCAAUGGACCGACUUGAUCCUCUUCGACUACCUGACGGCCAACUUUGACCGGCUUGUCAGCAAUCUCUUCAGCCUGCAGUGGGACCCGCGGGUCAUGCAGCGCGCCACGAGCAACCUGCACCGCGGCCCGGGCGGGGCGUUGGUCUUCCUGGACAACGAGGCGGGCUUGGUGCACGGCUACCGGGUGGCGGGCAUGUGGGACAAGUAUAACGAGCCGCUGCUGCAGUCAGUGUGCGUGUUCCGCGAGCGGACUGCGCGGCGUGUCCUGGAGCUGCACCGCGGCCAGGACGCGGCCGCCCGGCUGCUGCGCCUCUACCAGCACCACGAGCCUCGCUUCCCGGAGCUGGCCGCCCUCGCCGACCCCCACGCUCAGCUGCUGCAGCGCCGCCUCGACUUCCUCGCCAAGCACAUUCUGCACUGUAAGGCUAAGUACGGCCGCCGGCCGGGGACUUAGCAUCCCCCGGAGGAGGAGGAGAGAGAGAGAGAGAGACCCCUGGCUGGGGAAUGGAUGAUGGGGGAAGGGCCGUCGCCUCAGCCACCGCCUGGGACCAGCCGGCCAACGCCCAGCCGGAGACCCGAGCGCGAAGGCGGCUAAAAACUUCAGCUUUACCCACCUGCCCCUUUCUCUCAGUCCCAAGCUGUGUCCUUUCAAAGUUCUGGGAGGACGAACUCACCGAGGCGAGAAGUGUAACAUUUCCUCCACCCAGCCUAUAAAAGGAUUCUUCCCUGUGCCAGCACGGAGUUCGCAUCCAAAGAAACUGGCUGCUGCGGGAGUUUGGCCCCCGGGUGGCCGUCUCUGUGGGAGAUACAUCCUAUUCCUUGGCCCCCCCCCCCCCUCAUUCCCCUUCCGAAAAAGGAAAACUUCUGAUUGCGCCAUUGAGCUAAUUCUGCAAGUUUCCUACCAAACGCAGCGCUGGUGGCCCCGGAGCAGGGCUAUGACAUUGGCUGGUGGAGCCCCCUUCCUGUGUUCUCCCUUUGUUCCGGCUUGGUGAUGGUGAGAUCACUGUUAAGAGCUGGGGAACCGCUCCCGAUAGGACAAAGAGAGCAGGACCUGCAGAAUGGAGGGAGUCCUGCAGACGCUGGCAAUUUGUCUGACUUGUUCCUUACAGCUUGUCAUUUCAGCCUGAAGGCUACAAAUGCAGGACCGGCUGUAUGCAUUGAUUCAAAUAAUGAAUUUCUUCUUCCUCCCCCUUCCCAACCGUUCAUAAUUUUGUCAAUGAUGAUGUUCACCAGAAGG